UCGAAGAAUGCAAAGAUCAACUGAACAACGCCCAUUCAAGCAUCCUACUGUUCUUUCUUAGAGUCAAAUUGUGGGUACUGACCAGACAUGGUCGAGUGUUCACCUUGGCCUCCAACAUAACCUUCUACGCCACGGGGCCGCUGGAGGCCUGACCCAAUAUUGUUGCCUGAUGGCAUAUAUAAAUGACUAAGAACACAGUCUCUUCCGCUCUACCUUCAACAAAAUCCAUCAAGUACAGCAACUUGGCCCCACAUCAUGAUCACCUUCACAGUCUUUCAGAAAUCCACACCCCACGCUCUCCGCGCCAUCUCUCUCGCCGCAUUCCCACCCGCCUUCAUCAUCCUACUCAUAUCAGGCCUCGUUCUGGAGCAAGUCAACCCAGCCAUUGGUCUCGUGCCUCUCUUUUUCUCCUCUGCGUAUGCUGCUCUCUUGCUUUCCAACGAGAAACAAUGCGGAUGUCAAGCAGGCGGUCUCACCGGCACGCCCUUCCAUUUCAUCCUUGAUUUCCUGAUUGGAACAGGUCUGCUGGUCUGUUUGAUACUCGCAUGGGUGUUCAUGGGAUCCUACCGUGAGCAUGGCGUAAUACUGGGAACGUAUGGGACGAAUUUCUUGAUCUGCAACUUCUUAAUACAUCUCUACUUUGUACUUGGUCAGCUCAAUCAAGCACUCCAGGGUGUACAGAGUUACCCAACAAGCUGUCCGCAGUGUCAGAGUGGUUCAAUUUCGUUUUCGAUGGGAGGAUUCCAGUUUGGGAGGGAUUAUCAAUUUGGUUCUGGUUCGAAGACCGGAAUGAAGAACGGGUACGCACCACUCCUGGACGGAGAAGGGGAGCCAAGAGUCAGUACUGGCGACAGGGCGGACGGAGGAGAGAGCAUGGUGUAGACGCUGUUAGACAGUGAUUAUGGCAUUGCGAAGCGUUUGUUCUCGGCGUUAGUGGCAGCAUAGCAUUCUCAUCUCCAACAGACAAUAAUAAUACUUGAAGAAUGUUA